AGUGUCUGCUUAGCUAAUGUCCCUUUGGCAGAGAUAAAAUAUUUGAUUUGAAUUUCGGAUGGUACUUCUUGUUGGUCAUUAGAGAAGCUGAUGAUGGCUUUCUUAAUUAAAAGUAACAUUUUUGUUUGUAUAUUAGUCCUAAUGGUAAGUUACAAGGUUGGCGGAAAAUCUACGCUCCCUAUGCAAAAGAAAUACUCAGAAAUAGAUGAAGGCGAACACAGAUACCGAAGAGGCGUGAUUUUAGCAUCAAAAAGUCGCAAAUGGUCGAGCAACAUCAUACCAGUCGUGAUUUCUCAUACCUACAAAGAAAAACAGAAACUGAAUAUACUGGAGGCUCUUCGGCAGUGGGAAAACGCGACAUGUUUACGAUUCAAUAUCGUGCCUGCCUACGAGGGUCCACAUAUUAUAUUUAACAUAACACAUCCCGCAAAAUGUCAGUCAAGUAUCGGAAUGAGGAAUUCGAAAAAAGGACAGUUAAUUCCAAUAGGUCCCGGUUGUAUGAGGGUUGGGACAAUUCUUCACGAAGUAGGGCACGCUCUUGGCUUAUUCCACGAACAGGAGCGCCCUGACCGCAAUAGGUACGUCAACGUUCUGUACGAGAAUGUGUAUAAAAACGCUCGGGGAAACUACAAUAAAAUGUCCUGGAAAAAAGUUAAAACCGUGGGAACACCGUUCGACUACUCCUCGCUGAUGCUCUACCGUGAACACCAAUUUUCGAGAAAAGGAAAAAAGUCAAUGGUAACACUGGACGAUGAUAUGCAUGAAACUGUUGGAAACAAAUUUCAUCUUAGCUUCUAUGACGCCAAGAUAGUGAACUACCAUUACUGUAAAAGUGAGUGCGAGAGAGGUCUGUUAUGGAAACGGUGUUACAAUGGCGGCUAUCGUGAUACCAACAAUUGUUCCAAGUGUGUUUGUCCUGAUGGACUGACAGGUCGAUUCUGUGAAGACGUCAUGGACGGUGUCAACGGUGACUGUGGUGCUAAACGUCGUAUUGCUACGGAGAAGUGGACCACCCUGACAUCUCCUGGUUUCUACGGCAAGGGUUCUAAAGCCUACUCAUCUUGUAAUUGGCUCAUCGAGACACAACCCGGAAAACGCUUGCUACUCAAAGUCGAAGAACUGAAACUCGAUUGCUGGGAAAAGAUGGCAUGCGACGAAGACUACAUUGCCAUUCAUUAUAAAACUAAUCUGGCACUACCUGGGCCAAGGUUUUGCUGCAAGAGACCACGCAGAACGUUCGUCAGUCACGGAACUCAAAUGUUACUGCUCUACCGCGUUAGAGAACUCUAUCAGAACCACGGCGUCCGACUCUCCUACAGAGCAGAAAACUGUGGUGGUUGUAAUGCCAACUCUAAAGCAGCAAUUGAGCCACCAUGUUUGAAAACCAAAGAAGUGAACUGCUAUGGACGAUACAGAAGACGUUGUUUGUGGAAUAAAAAGAAACGGUGUACUUAUUAUAGAAAGAACAAGUGCUUGAAGGAAGUCAAGAAGUGCUGUCGCGGAUACACCCUGAGUGGAGACAAAUGCAAAGAAUGUGACAAGGUCUGUGAAAACGACAGUCGUCUAAAUAAACGAAAGUGCACCUGUUGGUGUUACCCGAAUUACACCGGUGAUACCUGCGCAAUUUUAAACUGCCAUAAAUCUGAUCCUUGGUACUGCAGUCCAUCAUUCUGGACCGAGGAGGACUGUCGGUAUACAUCGGUCGCACACAGAUGUGUGCACAUGUGUGGAAAGUGCUGAUAGCCAGUGCUACUGCGAUGUUUCUGUUACAAGGACUCCGUUUAAUACAAUUAAUACAGUACUAUUAAGUAGUCUAGUCAGCGUCUAAAGGUAUACUCUACACAUACAUGUUUCUAAGUCACGCCCCAUCGACCGAUCUGCGCUAUCGUAGCCAUUGGUACGUCGCGCAAGCAUCGAUCGAUCGCGCAAGUAUCGACAGGUCGCGCAAUCAUCGAUUGAUCGCGCAAGCGUCGAUCGAUAGCCCAACAUCGAUAGGUCGCGCAAUCAUCGAUAUAUCACGCAAGCAUCGAUCGAUAGCCCAAGCAUCGAUAGGUCGUGAAAGCAUAGAUCGAUCGCGUAAGCAUCGAUCGAUCGCGCUGUGUCAUCGAUGGAUCUGUUGUUAGUUUUCGGCGGGGUCACUGUUAUAUCGGAAAUGUCCCAACGAACAUCAGUGGUAUUGUCGGCUUUUUUCCCCAGAUGCCCCCCCCCCCCCCCCCUCCACCUCCGAAAAUAAAUAUUAUAAUGGUAGGAAAUAAAGAGAGAGUUGCAUAAUUUACUCCCGUUAUAAUUGAAGGGACUGUCCUGAGUUUGCAGCUAUCGUAAGAUAUCAUAGCUCUGUUGGCAACUACUAUUCCAUACUAAAUACAUUUUCUUGUUUAGAAUACCAGUGUCUGUAUAUUGAAUGUGUUUGUGGUCGUAUACUAAUGUUUGUAGCACUCAUUGUUUUUACUUUAGUUUGAUUAUAUAUUUUUUCGUACGUACGAAAUUAUUGGGAGUUAAAAUCCGGUUUGGGCCACUACAAGCAUUAGGACAACAACAAACACCAUGUAAAUAUAGACACGGAUAUUCUAAAUAAGAAAAUGUAUUUAAUCUGUAUGUUACGUCAUUAAAAAUGUUCUAUUAGUCGAAAAUAUUUUAAAGUGGUUGUAAACUCAGGACUGUCUCUUUAAGGCCUUGUUACUGUGACCGCUGUAUUUUUCGUGCUGGGAUGUCGUUAAACAUCUGUUCUAUUCUAUUCUAUUCUGUUACUGUGAAUAAAUUAUGUAACGACGAUUUAAUAUUUCAAAACCAAAUUAUAACCAGUGGCGGAUCCAGAAAAUGCAUUGGGGGAGGGGGGGGGGGACAAUGACAAGUGGUCAAAUGCCACGAACGUUAAUUCUCCAACGUACAUUUUUUUAAAAUAGCAAAAUAUAGGGUGGUGAGUGGGGGGGGGGGGGCUUAGAUUCGCCACUGAUAACGUCUGUUUUGUCGCAAAUAGGUCAGGACGUAUUACUGAAUCCGACUUCUCAUCAUUUCUGUAAUAAUAAUAAAAUUAAUAUUUUUAAUUUGCGUCAAACUUCACGAUAUUAAAAUUAUUAAAUAAAAUAUAAUUACAUUACAUGGAAUUAAUGUAAGACGUAAAGUAAUAAGAAAUUGGCGUUGCACUGUUGUGUAAGUCAUUACUGUUAGUAUAGAGUAUACCUUUAAUUAGUUCUGAAGAAUUAAUUAUAUGUAUAUACAAGAAGAAGUGACUGUAAUGAGAUAUCCAGAAAUGACGGGGUAGGGGUGGGAAUGAGGCUAGAUAGGCUGAAUUGAUAGUUCCUUAAAUAAAUAAAAAAAUUAAAAUUGUAACUUACCCUUAGAAGUCUAUGAAUCAAGCAUUGAAAAAAAAAGAAGAAAAAAGUUUGUUUUGUUUAAUGACACCAUUGGAGCACAUUGAUUCAUUAAUCAUCGUCUAUUGGAUGUCAAACAUUUGGUAUCUAUGGUAGUCAUCAGAGGAAACC